AUGGUUGAUCCCUAUGGAACCCUUCCUACUGAAGCUGAAUACAAGUUCCUGGCGGAGACGUAUGGCCUCUCUUCAGCGGAUGGGGUCGAUUUCCCAUCACCUGGUUCAUCUAUUAUGUCUCCUCCUCCUGGAAAGGUGCGGGUCUAUCUGAAGACCCUUAACGCCAGACUACGCCUCCCCCUCACCGAUUUCCAGGAGGAGGUCCUGCAGAAAGACUGUUGCAGUAUCCAGAUGCUGACUCCCAACGCCGUGAAUAAGGUAGUGUCAUUUGAGAUGAUCUGUCGUGCCAAUCACAUUCUCCCCAACUACUUCAUCUUCAAGUACUUCUUUAGGUUCUGCUGCAUUGGUGAGAAGUGCACCUUUUCCGUCCGGCGAGGAGGGCACACCCUGGUUCCUGAUGGAAGGACCCCGAAGAACUGGCAAGAUAAGUGGAUGUGGGUGAAUCACGGUUUGGCGGGUAGUGGACGCGAAGAUGUUGGUAGCGGUGGUAUUGGCAGUGGGGAUGCUGGAAUUGGUGGUGUUGGCAGCGGUGGUGGUGGUAAUCCUGCUGGUGGGGUUGAGGAAGAUGUUGAACAUGUUGGUGGACUUGUUGUCGAUGUUGGUAAAGGUGCUCAUGCACCAUGUGUUACCGCUUCUGGGUACUUCUCCACAACGUGGUUCUAUGCGGCAUGCCGUACACUUGACCGUUCUCGCCGUUCUUCGAGGAGGUCUAUACUUAGCCUCAAGUAUUGGGAGUUAGUUUCCUCCUCGGCAUGGAUUUUCCUCAAGGUGCCUAUUGGCAAUUCUACCGGGAGCAUUGCCUCCGCUCCGUAUGUCAGGCUGAACGGGGAUUCUUUCUUGCCUGUUCUUGGCGUCGUCCGAUACGACUAUAGCACUGUUGGUAGUUCCUCGGCCCAGUUUCCUUUAGCCUUCCCCAUUCAUUUCUUGAUUCUGUUUACGAUCGUCCGAUUGGAUACUUUUGUUUACCCAUUCGACAGGGGGUGUGCUACGGACGUGAGCCGCUGA